AUGGCAAGUGUCCAGCAAGGGGAAAAGCAGCUCUUCGAGAAGUUUUGGAAAGGAACUUCUAAAGCUGUGGCCACUCCUCGAAGGGAGAGUAUUAUUGUUACCAGCAUCACGUCCAGAAAACCGCUACCAAGCAAUGACCUUGUCAGCUUUCUAUCUUACCAAGAUAAAGAGAACCCAUGUGAAAAACAGAAUGGGAAGUUGGCAGAUGGAUAUUCACUGGAACGUUUCAGCAGACAGCUUACUCCACACCAGCCACACAGCCAUUCUGAAGCAGAAGAUGUGAGCAUUUCCCCACCGACUAAAGGAAAAAAGAAAAAGAAGAAAUCUGAACGCAAGAAGAGAAAAAGGUCCCGAUCCUACAGUCCCUCACCAGUAAAAAAGAAAAAGAAGAAAAGUUCAAAGAAACACAAGAGGAACAGGUCUUCUUCCAAAAAAAGACGUCAUGGUUCAUCAAGUCCAAAAAGUAAAAGCAAGCAAGAAAGAAAACACAAAAAACACUCACGUGGAAGACCUCGAAAAUCUCACCGCCACCGUCACCGCCACUCUCGAUCAGAGAGCUCAGAAUCUAGGUCCUCAAGUUGCGAGAAUAGACUUCAUGGCCAGUCUAAAGACCGACAUCAAUCCAAACGCAAGAAGCACAGGUGCAACUCUAGGUCUGUAAACAAGAAGCAGAGGGAAGACAAACCUCAGUACAGCCCAUUGUCUGCACAAAACAGCAAUAUCCACUGCAACAAGAUGGCCAUUUCUCAGUCAGUUCCCGGCCUUUUGGUCACAGAAAAGAGUCAUGAAGGUCGUAAAGAAGGUGCCCAUGAGUAUGACUCUGGGAACGAUACAUGCUCACCCCCUUCCAUGCAGGCAAGCUCAUCAGAACUGAAGGUCAGCCCGGAUAAAGAUAGCCCUGCUCAUCAGGGGUUUGAACAUGCCCCUUCCUCUGAGAAGACUCCAAAUGGACACAGUGAUAAUAUCUCUGAUUCUGGAAAUUCAUCUACCAGUUGCUUCUCUUUCAUAAAGGACACGCCACAUUUUGUGGGAGAUGCUGACAAAGAGGAGAAAAGAGUCCUGUCCCCAUGUCUGGGCUGCCUUGAAGAACAGAAGAACAUAUCAGAACCGUCCCCUGACAGAUACUCCCAAUGUAGACCUCGGUCGAGAAGUACAUCGUAUUCCAGCAGAAGAUCUUAUUCAUACAGUUCAAACCAUUCCAUCAGUUCUUACUCAUCACGACAUCAGUCUUCUUCAGGUAGAAAAUCACGAUGCAGAUCCAGCUCUUCAAGGUCUUAUUCACAUUCACCCUACUCCUUAAAAUCAGGCCGAAAAAGCCCUGGAAGCAAAAAUUCACGGAGUCGUCGAAGUCCAAGUUACUCUCGCUACAGCCCUAGCAGGGAUCAUGAUCGGACAUGCAAGUAUGGAUCCACUGACAAAGAAACGCGGAAAGGAUCACAUAGAAAGAGACAAAGCUCUUACUCACCAAUGAGGAAGCGUAGGAGAGAUUCCCCUAGUCAUCUAGAAGCCAGAAGAAUAACCAGUGCUCGUAAGCGCCCUAUACCAUACUACAGACCUAGCCCAUCUUCCUCCAGCAGUGACAGCAGUACACCUUCUUGGUAUGGCACCCACAGCAGGUCCAGGAGCCGCAGUUUCUCCAGCCACAGGAGUAGUCGGAGUCGCAGUCCAAGUAGUGGUCGGAGCCGAAGUAGGGACUGCAGCAGAAGCUCCUGGGAACAUAGCCGAAGCCGGAGUCGUAGCUGGAGCCGGAACUCUGACUCAUCCAGUAGCACUAGGAGUUAA